UCGCCCCCCAGCUGUAAGCACAAGAAUUACUGUUCUUUGCAGUUCUUCACAGAAGAUGGCGGAGGGUGAGCUCAACGUUGACAACAUCAUCUCCCGACUCCUAGAAGUGCGAGGAUGCAGGCCGGGGAAGAUCGUGCAGAUGACGGAGGCGGAGGUGCGUGGGCUGUGCAUCAAGUCCCGUGAGAUCUUCCUCAGCCAGCCCAUCCUACUGGAGCUGGAGGCACCGCUCAAAAUCUGUGGUGACAUCCAUGGCCAGUACACAGACCUGCUGCGGCUGUUUGAGUACGGUGGCUUCCCUCCCGAGGCCAACUACCUGUUCCUGGGCGACUACGUGGACCGAGGCAAGCAGUCCCUGGAGACCAUCUGCCUGCUCCUGGCCUACAAGAUCAAGUACCCCGAGAACUUCUUCCUGCUGCGCGGAAACCACGAGUGCGCCUCCAUCAACAGGAUCUACGGCUUCUACGAUGAGUGCAAGCGCCGCUUCAACAUCAAGCUGUGGAAGACCUUCACCGACUGCUUCAACUGUCUGCCCAUCGCCGCCAUCAUCGACGAGAAGAUCUUCUGCUGCCACGGAGGCUUGUCUCCUGACCUGCAGUCCAUGGAGCAGAUCCGUCGCAUCAUGAGGCCCACAGACGUGCCAGACACAGGUCUACUGUGUGACCUACUGUGGUCGGACCCAGAUAAGGACGUGCAGGGCUGGGGAGAGAACGACCGUGGGGUGUCGUUCACCUUCGGGGCCGACGUGGUCAGCAAGUUCCUCAACCGCCACGACUUGGACCUCAUCUGCAGAGCCCACCAGGUGGUUGAGGAUGGAUAUGAGUUCUUUGCCAAGCGACAGCUGGUGACUCUGUUCUCCGCCCCCAACUACUGCGGGGAGUUUGACAACGCUGGAGGAAUGAUGAGUGUGGACGAGUCUCUCAUGUGCUCUUUCCAGAUCUUGAAGCCGUCGGAGAAGAAAGCCAAGUACCAGUAUGGGGGCGUGAACUCAGGUCGGCCGGUCACCCCCCCGCGCACGGCUCAGGGCCCUAAGAAGAGGUGAGCGCCUUGGCCGCCCACCAAUCAGCCCACCCCCCCCUCCAGGCCCCCAGCCCCUAACAUCCAGGGGCGCUCUAGUCCCUCUGUACCCCACCCCUCUCCUCUCCUCUCCUCUCCUCUUUCCUUCUAUUGCUGAGGGAAGAGCAUACAGCGACCCCUCUUUCGUCAGACAUACACACACGCAUACACACAAACACACCACACGAAUACACACUCCACCACCACUUUCUUAUGUACAUAUAAAAGCGAGAAUUUGCUGUAACUAAUGUUCGCGAUCCUUUGCUUGUUUGUUGGUCAUUUUUAAAAAGGUUCAUAGAAAGUGACUGUGGUGUUUCUGCCAUGACAAGUGUUGUGCUUCGCCCCCCCUACUGUUACACAAGGCGCAGCAAUACCAGACAAAACUGUGUGUGUGUGUGUGUGUGUGUGUGUGUGUGUGUGUGUGUGUGUGCGCGCGCACGCGCACGUGUGUGCGGAUGGAGGGGUGUGUGUUUGUGUGUGUGUGUGCGUGCGGAUGGAGGGGUGUGUGUGAUAGUCUGUGGAAAGGACGCUUUCCUGCCUUCAAUUAAAGAUAAAUAGCAGACAAAUGUGUGCGAUAUUAGAGUGUUGAAAUGUUGUAAUGGCCGUGUGAAUGUUCCAGGAUAAAAGAGGGAGGUACAGUAAAAGGGGUUUCAUUGAGGAUGGUUCCAUGUCCUUGUCUGUAUUUACUAAGGCUAAAGUUCCUUCCAAAUGGAUACUCUACUCACGCCCCCACCACACCUCAGCUAGAGAGUUUUCCGCCUCUGCACUAGCUCCAUGUGUGUGUGCUGUCUCUAGUGGGCCCAGACUUCAAGUUCUGGCCCUUAAGGUAACACCAGAACCCCCCCCCCCCCCCCCCCCAAACCAACCAACUUCUUCCCAUUCCCAUCAGACCCAAACCCAACCCUGAACUCCCAGAGACUCAAGAAUGUUGAAUCUCUCUAUUGGAGAUGUUGACCAUUCAGCUCCCCAAGAUGGCGAGAAAGAACCAAGUGUACAUAUAACAACCAAAACCACACAUCAGAACCUUCCAUUCAGCCCUAAAGCAACAUCUUAACUACAACUUAAGAAACUAACAAAACGAACAAAGAAACAACAAAAAAUUAAGAAUCGUAGUUGUCACUCAUCGUUCGUGUGUCGUUAUGAUUUACUUAUGCCUGUGCAUUCACCCAGGCAGUGAACUCCCAAGAGUAGACUGUGGCUGUGGUCAGGUGUUGGUUAGUACACAGGAAGUCAGAUCAGGCAUAGCCCUGUUCCCAUUUCGCCCUGCAGCAGGAGAUACUGGCCAUUUCUCAAUAUUCUAGUGUACGCCCUUUCAAGUGUGUCAGCCUAAUUAGUCACGCCCAGUGAUUGGAUAUUCCGCAGAACUCGCCAAAGAGUACCCAAUAAUCACUGGGCGUGACUAAAUAGGCUGAUACACUUGGAAGGGCGCACACUAGAAUAUUGAGAAAUAGUAAUUGUGGGGAGUACAGACACCUACAGACAACCGGUGAUCAUAACACAGGUAGACAUUCCCCCCACCCCAACCUUCUACAGGUAACCCCAGGCUUUCAUUUCCCAACCAGAGGAGGCUGCUGUGGUCAGGGCUGGGCUCCUGUGCCUGCCUGUGCGGGUCCGCCUGGGUGAAUGCAGUGUGGAGGCCCAGACUGAAGAUGAUAGAUUCACUGGACCAGAACCCUACUGGCUUUGCUUACAUAAUGCCUAGUUGUACAGAGCUCCAUAUACCUUACUCUUCAUCACAUGCUGGAUAAUGUGGUUACCUGAAUCAGACAAGAGGAGGGCCUGCCUGAGACCCAGAACAAAAUAUCAAAAUGGUGGAAGCUGAUAAACUGCAAAACAAGAACUAAUUACAUUUUUUGGGGGGGUUGUGAAUUUCCAACCAGGCAUUUUUUUUUAGGAGUACACUGUUAAGGAAUGAGCUGGUUGCCCUAAACUCCCGUUUUGCUUGCACUGACCUGCCCCCUACUGGCUCCUCUGUGCACUUCUACCCAUUUAGGGAACCAAAAUAUUUGGUGAGGAGGACCAAACAUCCAUGUCAGACUUAGAUUAUUAGGUUGUAUAGAAAUUCCUCAGACAUCACCUCUGUUAAAGUAGGAAUCACAGAUUAUUCAUGAUGUUGAGUGAGCUGUGAUAAUAAGUAGACCAAAAGUUGGGCCAUCAGGAAAGGGGUGGGAGGUUUUUUUUUUUCCUUCCGUCAGCUGGUCUGAGGUUCCUGGGUCAGGCAGGUACAUGAUGGGAGUGGAAGUGUCUGCUUGGCUCUAUGUUCUGGUCCUCGUAUCUACCUUCAGUCUGGCCUCCACAGUCGGCUCAUCAGUCUUUGCACACAUUCGUGCCAGUGGAAAAGGAAGCAUUGUUCGUCUCGUAAAGUCUUUUUCAGGCUUUGAUUUUAGAUUUUGCCGUAUGCCUUGUUUUAUUCUAUUAAACCUAAUUACACUUCCGGGUCAGGAAAUGUACAAGUGUUUUAAAAAUGAGAAAAAAGGAUAAAAAAAGUAUGUUUUGAAAUUUGUACCAGUUUGUUUCAGACUCUUUGAGUGGAAUAAAUGGAACUGUGCUGUCAA